UAACUCUUCACUUGACCGCAUAUGGUAGAAACAAUGGGGAAUGAAGAGGUGAAGGAUGUGUCGUCCACAGAAGUGGCGAACGAGGAGGAGGAGGAGGAGGAGAGAGGGACGUGGGGGAACCAGUGUGAGUUCUUCCUCUCCUGUCUAGGCUACGCUGUGGGCUUCGGCAAUGUGUGGAGAUUCCCUUACCUGUGCUACAAGAAUGGUGGAGCGGCGUUUCUGAUUCCCUAUGUGAUCAUGUUAUUGUGCGCGGGUCUUCCUCUGUUCUUUAUGGAGCUCGCCCUUGGUCAGUACGCCAGCCUUGGGCCCAACAUCCUCUUCCCCAAGUUGUCUCCCAUAUUCGGUGGACUGGGAUGGGCCAUGGUUAUUGUGUCAGCGCUGGUCACUAUCUACUACAACAUGAUCCUAGCCUGGACGCUUUACUACACCUUCGCCUCCUUCACCUCGGUGCUGCCUUGGGGACACUGUCAUAAUGAUUUCAACUCCCUCGAGUGUUACACAGAAGAACUCUCCACGAGUUGUAAGAACCAGUCUCUCUAUGUCUACAACAAUACCUGUGUCACGGUCCAGGAAUACUGUGGCGCGGCUGGCUUCCAGGCCGUCAAUGAAACUUACUGCCAGGGCACAGAUGACGUGGUACCAGCCGAUGGUGUCAUCUCAAAGGUAUCAUCCAGCGAGGAUUACUUUUUGAACGGUAUGUUAGGAGUGACUGGAACGACCUGGGAGGACAUGGGAGGAAUUCGCUUGGAGCUGGUGGGAUGUCUCUUUCUGGGCUGGGUCAUUGUAGCUCUGUGCAUGGUGAAGGGCGUCAAGAGUUCCGGCAAAGUCGUGUAUUUCACCGCUCUGUUUCCUUACGCUGUGUUGCUUAUCCUGUUCAUUAGAGGUGUCACACUGGAAGGAGCUUACAGCGGUAUCGAGUUUUAUUUCUUAAAACCGAACAUCAGUCGUCUGGGGGAGGUGGAGGUGUGGAAUGACGCUGCCACACAGAUUUUCUACUCGCUAGGAUCGUCUUUCGGUGGUCUGAUUACCUUGGCAUCUUACAACAAGUUCAAAAACAACUGUAUGAGGGACGCCAUGAUCAUCGCCUUUGCCAACUGUUCGACGUCAGUGUUUGCUGGCUUCGUGAUCUUCAGCAUCCUCGGGUUCCUGGCCACCGAACUCGGGGUGGAAGUGGAGGAUGUGGUGAGGUCGGGGUCUGGUCUGGCCUUUGUGGUGUAUCCGGCCGCCGUCACUCGCAUGCCCUACCCUCCUGUGUGGUCCAUCCUCUUUUUCCUUAUGCUUAUCACCCUUGGUCUGGACUCUCAGUUCACCAUGGUGGAGACACUCGCAACAGCUCUUUUUGAUCAGUUUGAGUACCUGCGAAGCAAAAAGCCACUGGUGGUGUGUAUCUUAUGCACUGGACUGUUCCUGUUUGGCCUCACUAUGUGCCUAAACGGUGGCAUGUACAUGUUUGAACUCUUUAACUGGUAUUCUGCUGGAAUUUCGGUCCUCAUCCUAGCCAUUACGGAGGUCAUCCUUAUUCAGUAUGUUUAUGGCUUCAGAAACUUCAUGAGGAACAUCCGCCAGGAAAUGGGUAUUUACAUGCCGUUCCCCCUCUACGUGUACUGGGCAGCCACUUGGUUGGUCAUCACUCCCGUGGCACUUACUGUCAUCUUAAUUAUAUCAAUCGUGAAAUUCACUCCGGCUUACUUUGGUGACUACGUCUUCCCGUAUAACAUCCAGACACUUGGUUGGUUUAUCAGUUUCUCCUCGAUUGUUUUCAUCCCCCUUGGUGCUAUCUACGUAUUAGUAAAAGGAAAUAAGAAAGGCAAGGAACUUUUCACACCGUCCCCAGACUUCUGUCCUCACCACGUCAGAAAACUGCGUGAAAAGCAAGGCGCUGCCAACAAGGGUCAGCCCGUGGGAGUGUUCAGAUAUACAUACGACAACGAAGGUUUCCAAGAGCCUCACGCUAAGGUGUAUCCAGCACUGCCAGAAGACGAAAACCCGCCACCAUACACGAACGGCCCUGCCUACUCUAACCAUAUGUGAGAGGGGACGAUCAAACAUCAUUCUGGGUCCAACGUAGUGUCUUCUGCGUCAAGAGGUUAUUUGUGAUUUAAACUAAGCAUAAUGUAAACACUAGAUUGAACAAGGGGAGAGACAGUAGUUAUCAUUUUAAUGCAUCAUAAUAAUCUAGCCACUACCUGAAGCAUUUUAAGCACAGUAAAUCAAAUGUAUAAAGCCAGUAUGUUUUUAGUUCACUACACAUGAAAGUUUAUCUGAAUGCUAGGUAUUAUCGCCCUUUUUCUGCUGUUUGUGUGCGAGAAAGUACUGUACCUGCUAUGAAAUAUACACCACCUUAAUUUGACAUAGGAUAAGCGAAUUUUUAGGAUCAAAGACGUUACUCCAUUUUAUGAAAAAGACAAAGGUAAAUUUUACUUCAAAUGUUGUAGAGAUUUGGUGCAUUUUAGCUUUCUAAUGACAUAGUUUUAAUUGUCUGGAGUCUCAGGGCACGAAAACCAUGAGUGGAAAUCCCGUGUACUGUAUAUACCUCCAUACUUGCUUUUAACCCCGACCUCAUGAUUGGUUGAGUGAAUGACCGUUCAGUGUUUGUGUUGUAAAUGAUUUUAAACUAAGAGAUUCUCGGUUUCUUGUCAGUUCAUAAAUUAUUCUUAAUGCCAUCGUGUUGUGAAAGAUUGUUAUAAUUGAAUUAAUUUGUCAUUGUCACUUUGUGUUUCCCAGUGUUGUGAAAAGUUAUUUUAAAUUAAUGAUUUGUUCCCGUUUCCAUGUGUUGUCGUGUCCACGUUUUCAUCAAAUUCUCCCUCCGUGUUUAUACACUUUACGACGUUUUGGAAGAAAUGUUCAGGUAGAAAGUUUUUUCCGAUUGUGUUUUUUUUUUUUUCGUGUGCUUUGUGAAAAAGUUGUACAGUAUUUACAGAACGAACCUUCAACUUUUGUGACCAGAAAUAUAUUUUUCACAACCUUUGAUCACUCAUUGUUAGAACAGUUUUAUGUUACUACGACUAAACACCUUAUCAUAGUUUUGUACAAGAUGACUUUAGAGUUAAGGGUUAUUUCACUACCUGAUAAUAGAUGUUAGUAUCCCUUGAUAUGUCUGAGUGAUAUUGAAACUGAAUGAGCUGUUUUUUUGUUGUUUUUUUUGGCUUGAGAGAAAUUUAAAUAAGAAAUAAUUAGACCCGAGAGAGAGGUUCCAUUUUCAUUUUAUUUGAAGAUGCUCAGUCUUUUAUAUAAUAUUUUUUUGUACUCAUUAUGUGAAUAUGAUACUUGGUGAUACUAUGCAAAAUAUACUAUGUUGCAGUGUCAGGUGUGAAAGUUUGUGUGCCUUCUCGUUUUAUGUCAAUGUUUGGAAAUGUGUGUUUAGAAAUGAAUGUAUAAUGUACAGUACUUUUAAUACAUAGUGUAUACAUAUGUGAAUUAUGAAAUGUUAUGGUGAUGUUUGCAAUUUUUUUUUAUUCAGAUUCAGUAUUAAAAAAUAGAAUGUGACACUGUUGUAUGGCUUUAGAAAUAUAAUUAUUUUAUAAUA